AAAUUUGACAGACUGGAUAAGCUUACCAAUGCCUUCCAUGCUCUCAAAACAAAGUCUGGAGCAUAUGAUACAGCUGAUGGUCACCAAUUCUUUCCUUUCAAAAGAUAUGGUAAAUUGAGAAGCUAUAGACAAGUCGUCAAUGAAGUAGACAAUGAUAUAUGGGUUCCAACCUUUGCACUGAGUACCCUAUUUUUGAAUAACUUGAAUUCACCAAAAUUCAUUGCAAGAUGUGUAGAAUUGUGUAUUAAACAACAAGGUAUUGAGGCAUCCCGCAAAUAUAUAACCGCAUUCAUUGUAUACGCCCCUAAGGUGCCACCUAACUAUGUGUUUGCCGAUCAAGGUGGUGAAGGACUCAGAGUGGUAUGGUGUAGAACUAGUUCUCAAACUGACUUUUUCAAGGCUGCCCCCACAUAGUUGUCAAACUGACUUUUUCAAGGUUGCCCCAACAUCAAAAGUUUUUCUUCGAGGGUUUCAUAACACUAAUUAAACAUUUUUGAAAAACUUCAGAUGUGCCUCCAAAUAUAUAGUAUUGACUUCCCUGUAUUUGGCAGCUUUGGCAAAAUUCUCCAUUUGGAAGCAUGGUCAGUAGCAUGGUACCCACAACGAUAAAACUGAUUGUCUGCCAAUUCUCAAGUACCACUGCAUGAUUCUUGUAGGCCCAUUGCAUAUGGUUAAAUCUCGAGCCUUAAAACUUGUCCUUUAAUCCCAGCAAACUGAGGUCAAGUGUUAAGACAUGAUUGACAUAGCUUGUGUGAAGACUGUCAUUUUAUAAACAGC